AUGGAUGUACCUCCAGUUGUCCGACUGCCAUCAUCGUCGAGACGCGUUUCUGAAUUCACAAACCUCGCUAUCGUUCGUGACAUCAUCGAAGAAGCAUAUCAUGUAAAGGUGGACAAACAAGGACAAGUUUAUCCAUCGAAAAAGAAAUUAGGAUAUGAACUGUUUUUGAAAAGGUUUGAGCCCCACAAACUAGUUGCGGGGUUUUUAACUGUGGUCAAAGCAUUCCCGAUUAUUGCAGCUGAAUGUUCCAAAUAUAAUAGUUGGUGGACUCCAAAAUUUUACCAUUUGGUUUUCCUCAUUGCAGAUGCUUUCAUGAGCUUGCUGGCUUCAGAAUAUGUAACUACCAAAAUCAAAAAUAAAAACUAUAAUCAAAAUCCCACUUGCAACAUUCAAAUUACUAUCAGUGAUAAACAAUGGUUCGAAGUUUUCAAAACUCUACUUCCUCUGAAUUUUAAUUUCGACUCUAAUUUUUGGAGUUUGGCUGAUUAUGUACUGAAUUUGACGAAGUGCCCAGAAAGCGUGGCCAGAAUCAUUAUUGAAGCUGCAAGAAAUGGUGAAGCUAGCUUCACUGCACUUGAUUAUUGUAUUCGAAAUAAAAUUCUUUCGCGCUACAUUUACGACCCGACAGUAUUGUAUAAGGCUGCCCUUUUGGGUCCUUUACGUGCUAGUAGCGUUGAAUCGUUUGCUGCUAGGCGAACUGAAGAAUUCCGACAACGAUGCCGUGAAUUCCUGAUAAGAUUGGAGCAUAUGACGUAUUCAGUUAAGGGAUGGGAGCGUGCAGUCGUUAGUUAUUUGGGGUCGUUGAAGCAGUGUGAUGUAAAUGGUCGGGUGGUAUCAUACAAUUACGCCUCGUUUCGGGAUUCAGUUACAGUGAUGAUGCAUGAACUGAGAAGAAUGCCACCUGCAGAUGAUCGAAUAAAUGUUAAAUGGGCGCAUUAUUUGAUCAAAAAAUGUGCUGCAAAAUAUUAUUGUGAAAAAACAUGGAAAUUUGAAAAUCUUCACGAAGUGCUGUGGACAAUAUUAGCUCAGAGGCCGUGUCUGCGAAAAUUUGUUGUACACGCUCUUAACAAUGAUUUUAAAGAUCCUCUGGCUGCAGAAAUGUGGAGAACUUAUAGAAUAUCUCCGGAAUGUAGAACACAUAUGCCUAGUAAUAUAACAGAGGAACGUUUGGACCCACGCACGCCGAAUCCACCGUAUUUGAGUAUUCCUCCAACACUGCAGCCAAUCGAAUUUGUAAGACACCCAUCACAUUUAAAUCGUGUUUCAAAUUUUCUUGAAGAAUAUGCAAACGAUAAUUUCCCACCGAUUGGUAUUGAUGCAGAAUGGUCUUCAUAUGUUUCUUACAGCAAGGCUACUAUUUUGCAACUAGCUAUUCCGUGCUACGUUUUCAUAAUAGAUAUUGAUGGAAUCAAACCUUGGAUACUUUCAGAAUUCUUCACGAAAUUAUUUGUUGAAUGGAAGCUCUUGAAAAUUGGAUAUCGCUUUGAUGAAGAUCUCUUCCAGUUGCAAAGUGCUGUUCAGAAUUGCUCAGCGCUGUACCAUCCUCAAAAUUUGAUUUGUAUUGGGAAACUUGUUAAAUUUUUAAUGAGAGAAAGUGCUAAGCGACCAGAAGUUAAUUUGGAUGGAGUUUUUUAUCCGGAAAAGGCGCAGGCAAUUAAGGAAUAUCCGGGACAAGCCAGUAAAAUUGGGCCGAGAGAUGAAACAAUUGGUCUAGGUCAUGGUAAAUCAACAAAUCGCCCAAGUAAUGGUGGGUCAAGAGUUGGUCUAAGUCAUGGUGGAUCAACAAGUGGUCCAGGUAAUGGUGGAUCAAUAAUGGGUCUAGGUCAUGGUGGACCAACAAAUGGUCUAAAUUGUGAUGGGUCGAAGUUCAAUUUUGGUGGGAGUUUUAAGAAAGUAAAUCAAAUGAAGAUAUUUUUUCUCGAUAACAGUGAAGAACAUUUGGAUAGGAAAAUUCGAUUUCUCAAAUUUGUGGUUGAGUUAUUUUGUUUUUCUCCUAUUUUAAAUCGCUUUGACAAGAAAUGUUAUAAAGUCCCGGAAAAUCCAUUACUGAGGGACAUAAGGGGGCUGUCAGCAUUAUGUGAACGAGUUUUGGGAAAACCGUUAGACAAAAGUGAGCAGUGUUCAGUUUGGGAUCGCCGUCCUCUUCGGGACUUGCAGUUGCGAUAUGCAGCAUUAGAUGCUUAUUGCAUGCUGAUGUUGUAUGACAAGUGUAUUGACUGGGCCUCCCGAUUAAAUCUGAACCUGGACGAAAUUCGCUUGAAGCAAGAAAUCAGUACUGCUCGACCAUUACCACUUUUCUGCGACAGAUUUUAA